AUGUCUCGUCAGUCUGUCUGCAGGAGCUUCGGAGGGGGGAGCAGAAGGGGCUUUAGCUCCUGCUCUGCAGUUGGCGGCGGCUUUGGAGGCGGCGGCCGGAGCAGGAGCAGCUACAGCUCGUACUCUGUGUCCAGGGGAUUCGGAGGUGGAGGCCGCUGCGGGGGCUUCGGCAGCCGGAGCCUCCACAACAUGGGGGGCAGCGCCAGGAUUUCCAUGGGCGGGUGCUACGGUGGCGGGUACGGCGGCAGGAUGGGCGGCUUUGGCGGGAGCUACGGGGGUCUCAGCAGCUUUGGGGGUGGACUGGGUGGAGGAGGAGGAGGAGGAAUGUGUGGCUUUGGAGGAAUGGGUGGAGGAGGAAUGGGUGGCUUUGGUGGUGGGAUGGGUGGCUUUGGUGGUGGAAUGGGUGGUGGAGGAAUGGGUGGCUUUAGUGGCCCAGGCUUUGGCAUGGGUGGACCUGGGAGAGGUGGCCCUGGGAUCCAGCCAGUGCAGAUUGACACGACCCUCCUGCGCCCGGUCCACGUUGAGAUUGAUCCCCAGAUCCAGCAAGUUAAAAACCAGGAGAAGGAGCAGAUCAAGACCCUGAACAACCAGUUUGCCUCCUUCAUUGACAAGGUCCGAUUCCUGGAGCAGCAGAACAAGGUGCUCUCCACCAAGUGGGAGCUGCUCCAGCAGCAAGGGCCGUCGGGGCCCAGGAAGAACCUGGAUGUCAUCUUUGAGAACUACAUCCAGAACCUGCGGAGGCAGCUGGAAUCAAUCCUGGCGCAGCGGGGCCAGCUGGAAUCGGAGCUGCAGAACAUGCAGCAGUACGUCGAGGAUUACAAAACCAAGUAUGAGGAAGAGAUCAACCGGCGCACGACAGCUGAGAACGAGUUUGUGGUGCUGAAGAAGGAUGUGGACAGUGCCUACAUGACCAAAGUCGAGCUGGAAGCCAGGGUGGGAGCUCUGACAGAUGAAAUCAACUUCCUGAGGUGCAUCUACGAGGAGGAGCUGUCUCAGAUGCAGACGAUCAGCCGGGACCUGUCCGUGGUGGUGUCCAUGGACAACAACCGGCACCUGGACCUGGACAGCAUCAUCGAGGAGGUCCGGCGCCAGUACGAGCAGAUUGCCCAGAGCAGCCGGGCUGAGGCCGAGGCCUGGUACCAGAGCCAGUACGAGCAGCUCCAGAGCACGGCCGGCCGGCACGGGGACAGCCUCCGCAACACCAAGAUUGAGAUCCAGGAGCUGACCAGGAAUGUCCAGAGGCUGCGGGCUGAGAUUGAGAACGUGAAGAAGCAGAAUCAACAGCUGCAGGCAGCCAUUGCUGAGGCUGAGGAGAGGGGGGAGAUGGCUCUCAAAGAUGCCAGGUUGAAGCUGGAAGAGCUGGAGAGUGCCCUGCAGAAGGACAAGGAGGAGCUGGCUCGCCUGUUGAAGGAGUACCAGGAGCUGCUGAAUGUCAAGAUUGCACUGGACGUUGAGAUCGCCAUGUACAGGAAGCUGCUGGAGGGAGAGGAGAACAGGCUCUGCAACGACAGCAUGGCCAACGUCAAUGUCUCUGUGGUAGGCAGGACAACUGUCUCUGGAGGCAGAGGAGGCAUGGGAGGAGGAUUCGGAGGCAGCGGCAUGGGAGGAGGAUUCGGAGGCAGCGGCAUGGGAGGAGGAUUCGGAGGCGGCAGCGGCAUGGGAGGAGGAAUGGGAGGAGGCGGCAUCUGCGGAGGAGGCAGCAGCUUUGGAGGAGGCAGCAUGGGCGGCAGCUGUGGGAUGGGGGGAGGAAUGUACUCCGGUGGCUUCUCCUCUGGAAGCGGAAGGAUGUGCGGCUCUGGCGGGGGAUCCUCCUCCGUGCGGAGAUGCGUCACCACCACCUCGGUCAAAUCUUCGGGAGUGAGAUUCUGAGCCCCGAAGGUUGACAAGGAAAGAAGCACCUCCUCUCUCCCCCUGGCAGCAGCCCAGCCUCCUGAAGCCCAGCUCUGGUGUCAUGCAAUGGGAUGAACUGUGUCCCUCCCACCCAGCUUCUCCCAGAUCCUGGUCCCACCCAGUGGUUUGGUGGUGAUGCCAUGGGUGUGCUGGCACCAGGAGCUGCCCGGCAGGAGGGGCUGCUCUGCCUUCCUUGCUGUGUUGUACAUUUCUUUUGGCAAAUGUGUAUAAAACUCCUCUUUCCUC